AUGAAGGUCCUCAGCCUCAACUUCCUCACCUGCGCCGCCAAGGCCUGCAAGAGCUCGUCCGCGUCGUUCCCGCUGCACCCCAAGGACGCCGAGCUCGUGCAGGACGACCUCGAGGUGAACCCGGAGAUGCUCAUCAACGUGCUCCCGCGGCUGGACUGGGCGGCUCUACGGACGACGUCGUCAGAGCUGGGCUUCCCGCAAUUGCCAGAACAGCCCCCGACGCAGGAGGAGCUGCGUGGGGACGAAAAGAUGAUCAAGGACCUGCAUCACCUGCUUGUUGAGACGCAAAUUUCCGAGGGCCAGCUGGUGUGCGAGAACUGCGGGCACGCGUACCCCAUCAAGGAGGGCAUUGCCAACUUCCUCCUGCCGAGUCACCUGGUUUAG